GCGCAGCAGGCUGGGUCUGCAGGCGGCGGUGGCUGGGUGCACAGAGGGGGGGUUCCCGGUUCCCAGCACCCCGCCUCCUCCUGGGCUCCCGCUGCCGGAGCGAGCGGCUCCAGCCCCCGGAAACCCGACCGGCUGCAGCGGAGUUGUUGCGAAGCGGCGCGAAGAGGAGGAGGAGGGAGCCGGGGCGGGGGGAAGGCGCCGGGGCCAGGCUGGCUGCACGUCCCGCUCCCCGGGCAGGCGGAUCCGGACCCCCGCCGCCCCCGCAGCCGGGAGUGACCCCCCCGGCCCGGCAUGGUUGAGCGCCCGGAGCCGGUGUCUGCACCAGCCGCGGGGCUCCGGCCGGGGACGAGCCCGUGACUGGCGGCGAGGAGGGGACGCUAGCGGGCUCCGGCCAUGGAAGAGGAGGGUGUGAAAGAAGAGGUCACAGAGAAACCAAAACGUGCUCCAACCGCAGACAAAGCUGGCUGGAUUAAGAAAAGCAGUGGAGGUCUUUUGGGAUUAUGGAAAGAUCGUUACAUCCUGUUAUGUAAAACGCAGCUACUGGUGUACGAAGAUGAGGAGGAACAGAAAUGCUUAGAAACGGUGGAACUGGAGAGCUAUGAGAAGUGCCAGGAUCUGCGCGCUCUCUUGAAAAGGAAAAACCGUUUCAUUUUAAUUCGAUCCCCGGGUAAGAAGGUCCAUGAUAUCAAAUUUCAGGGGCAGAAUGCGGAAGAGAAAGAAUCAUGGAUGAAAGCCCUGAAUGAAGGGAUCGGCAGAGCCAAAAAUAAAAUACUUGAUGAGGUGAAGAUAGAUCAGAGCCUUUCCCUGGAACAUGUGACUCGAGACAGAGUGAAAGUCAGUCAUGGGCGCAGACCACCCACCAGAAUUCACCUGAAAGAGGUUGCCAAGUCUACAUCGGAUGGAAUCUUGAGGCUGGAUCUGGAUAUGGUAGAUAAUGGCCCCCCAGACUUCACCUUGACUGUGAGCGAUAAUGAGAACGUCCCUCCUCCAAAGGAAACUCCAAAGCCACCUAUGCCUCCUACAAAGCCCAGUGUCAUGUCAGAGAAGCCGAGUGCGGAUAACAGCGUUGCUGAUCAAGAGCUUAAAAAGCCUCUGUUGCCUCCAGCUAAGAAGUUGAAGGAGAGUACACCAUCAGAGGAUGAUCUAAACGACAAGGAUGUGGGUUCAGUCAGUCAAGGUGAAGAGGGUGAAGAACCCAAAGCCUCAGCAGGGGACAAUGAAGAGAAUCUCAUGGAGGUCAGCGACAGCAGCACGGCAAAACCUCCGAUUCCUCCUCCUAAAAUCUUAUCGGACAAGCUGAAAGGGGUCAGUUGGGAUGAACCAGCCCCUCACCCUCAAAGCACAGAAGGUUUGGAACCAUCCAAAGGUGGCAGUAAAGAAAACCUCACAGAGGUGGUCACAACGGCUACUGUGAAACCUCCACUUCCUCCUAAAAUUUUAUCAGAAAAAUUGACAGCAAGUAUGGAUGCCACCCCGAGCAGUUUAGAGGCGAAGAGUUCAGAAGGCAAGGAGCCCCAUGAUUCCACCUCCCCCAGGGAUGGAAUGGAAGACAGGGAAGUGACAGAAUCCACUCCCCAAAAAGUAGAGCGUGAAGAAGGAAGUGAGAGAGUUGCUGCUGAGAAAGAGAAGCCGCAAACAAUACAGGAACAAAUAAAGACUUCCUUAGAUACCGAAGCAAAGCAGGAAAGUACAGAGGUUCCUAGUGAAGAGAAAACACUUUUACCACACACCAUAGCAAAUUCCUCGCCUUUCAGAGCUCGCUGUGCAUCUCUAGGAGAUCUGCUGAAUGAAUCAAAAAAUGCAGAAAAAGAACUUCUGGGUCCAGGCUUCCACAAGGAGCCCCAAUCCUGCCUGGCUAAAAUGGAGGAGAAAGUGGCUUGCGAAAGGGAAAAGACAGAAAAACUUCUGCAAAAGGUUUUAUGCCAAGAGUUAGAACAAGCACAGGAGGGAAAUGGACCCCCAGUAAACGCAGAGACAUUACUCAAUGAGGCAGUAGAACAGCUUCGGCAAGCAACACAAGUCCUACAAGAAAUUAAAGGGUUAGGAGAACUGAAUAAGGAACCGACAGAGAAACAGAAAGAAAAGCCGAAGGAUCUAGUAACUCUUUAUAGGAGAAGUGCUCCCUGAGAUGUACUUAAGAAGACACUUCUUUCUUACAAUCAAGCUAAAAAUUUGCUAUUUACGACUUAUACCAUUGCUUGGCCAGUGUUAAAUAAGGUUAUGUUUUGCUAUGCACACACGAUGCAUUCAGAGCAGGGCAUUUCAGUUAUAAUUUUCUUUUUGUUAUGUUUUUAUGCCAUAUUCCCAUCCCUUAUCACAAUAGGAAGUUAGAGGACAUUGAACAUCAGUUGCAAAAAUGUGAAUAUUCUUUAAGGUCUUGAUCCAAAGCUCAUUGACGUCAGCGGAAAACCACCAAUGGGCUUUGGAUUAGGCCCUAAAAAAAACAAAACAAAAAAAAAACCCACAAACCCACCACCACAACACUGGUAAUCAGACUACAGGUCAGUUUUUCAAAUGAGGGCAUGGAUAUUCCAGCAGAAUAUUCAUGUGUGCAUGUAUAAAUUGGCACGUAAGACAUGGAAUUACCCCGUUUGCACUAGCACCCAGAGAGUUUUGCCAAUGAAAUCAUUCCACUGGGAAUCUGGCCGCAAACGUCCAUAAAUUUUGCUCAGUUUGUUCACUUACUGACAGAUUUUGACUACCUGGCCCAAUCAUAUUCUGGAACAAAUGGUUAGCAGUUUCCAUAGAUACUCAUUAAACACAUCGGCAGUUCAAAAAUUGACUUAGAAAUCUGCACAAAACUGGCAAACUGGUGAUGGUAAGUAAUUGUUUUCAGCUCUAGACCAGACUCAAACGCAACAAUCCUUCCGUGUUCUAAGCACUGUACAAGUAUUCAUUAAGCCUCAAACUACCAUUGCCAAGCAAGUAUUAUUUUUCCUGUGGGGAAACAGGCAGGGAUGUGAAGUGAUUUCCCCACAGAAGGAGUUCAUUUCAGAGCCAGGGAUAGAAUUUAGCAAUCCUACCCCUAACUCUGUGCUCAUUCUCCUAGACAGUGCUGCUAUGUUUGAAAUACCUGCUCCUGGCCGAAGCAGCCCAAAAUGUUCAUUUUUAAGCAAUACAUUGACCUGGUAAUUAGAGUCUCCUGUAUUUGUAGAAGUAAAUAGUCAGUCAGCUGUUUGGAGGCUUAUGGGAGCGGUUGGCUGGUUGUUCUGAAAGUAGACUCUCCCCUUGCUGUGUGUCGAGCAGCCUUAUCCUGGGAGGUUGACUGAUGACAUGUCCGUCAUGGCAACUGGUUUUGAUGGAACAUCUAAUCAUAUCAUUUUAACAGGGAAAUGCAUUUUGCAGUUUAAUUCUUGGUGGGUAGGUGGCUGAACUCAGUACACUGAAACGAAGAAGGCAUUACUAAAUAAGGGCCCGGUCUGGUUCCCAUGGAAGGCAAUGGCAAAAUGCCCCGAUUCUUGGUCCUCCUGUUAAAGGAAGUUGCAUCUCAUGAGAGAAAUGUGAUGAAAUAGGAAUAGUCAUGGUGACAAAAUGAUUACAAAACUGUGUCUUGCACGACAAAGAUUAAAAGUGUAAGCACCAUUUUCACCCUCAGACAACACGUGUGGAUGUGAACUGGGUCAUCUACCUGCCAGUCCAAGUUCAGCGAUGCUCAUUUACCCACCAAAUCAGGUCAUCACAGGGCGCAGGGGCAUCCCUUCUAUCCUUUUUUCAGAGUUUUGCCCUAAAAUAGUCAUUCUCAAUGGCACCACAUCAACUACCCAGGGAUUCAAAGGGCCACCACCUCCUCUUUGGCUUUAUCUAGGCCUGUGCAGUGGACGAAGGAUUGGAUCUUUCUCAGUUGAUCUUAUGGAGCUCUGGGGAAUGUAGGUGGAUGUUGAAUAGCUAAGGCCCAGCAGAAUAGGAAGAAUUUCUGAGCCAGAAGAGAGAGUUCAACUUGGCAAAAACAACAAGGAGUCUGGUGGCACCUUAAAGACUAACAGAUUUAUUUGGGCAUAAGCUUUCGUGAGUAAAAACCUCACUUUUUCGGAUGCAUAGCAUCAACUUGGCAGUUCUCAUUGCUAAAGUAUCUACACUACCCAGUAGCUUGUGCCAUCUGCCCCUGCCAAGUACAAAGCCAGGAGCAUGCUAUACAUCUUUAUCUCAGGUUCCUUCUCCGGUAGCUCACUGAGGCUCCCUGGUACCCCAUGCUGCAAACAUCUACCAGAGCAGCAGCAAAGUAAAACUCAAACUACAGCUGAAUUAGGAAGGAGGGAGGGGAAAAACUGAUGAGUGCUCCUUACCAUGUCCAGCCAGCCCUGACCUAAAGCAUUUCAGGAACUGAAAAAUGGGAACAUCCCAGAUAAGAGCUAGGUAGUCACUCAACCAGACACUUCCAAAUCGAGUGAUUAAAACAGCCUUGUUUUAAGCUGCCUCAUUCUCAAGCCAGUCAUAGGAGUUGUAUUGAAAGUCUCUCAUUAUUCCAUCACCCAGGCAGUUUCUGCAUAGUAGAAUUUGCUUGAGUUUCAGGUGCCAAAACAGCCCUGCGUUUAGACACCGGAUUUCCAAAUAUAUGCAGUCCAGAGCAUAGUCCCCUUGAUGCAGGCCAAGGAUGAACUCUGGUUCUGCAUAAUUUACUGCUGUAGAGUCAAUGUGAACGGAAGUAUCUUGUUUUCUUAGGAGAUGUACUUAUAAGCCAAGGGCUAACAAUACAGACCUAGUCUAUUCAGUGCCUACCAGCUUCUAAUACGUGUUUUUCUGCAUGUGCACUUUUGUUUACCGAACACUGUGUGAUGUGAACAUGAGCUGUACAAACCUGGUGUGUACAGAAUGUCUUGGGACAUCAGCCUUCAGGGAGAAGGAGGCAUUUGUGAGAUAGAAUUGUAUAACAAAAAAUAAAAUGGAUGACUAAUGGAGAUGUAUAUGUAAUAGGGAUGCACCCAGACCAGAAUCAUGAUCUGGCUAUGGUCAACAUUUGGAUGCAGAUUCAAAUCCCAGUGCUGAAGCUGUCCCGUAUCCCUAUUAGGGCCAAACCACACCCCUGGAUCUGAAUACCCUUGAACAUUGGGGAAGGUCCGGAUCCAGCUUAGACUCAUCUCUGAUAUACAUGGAUGCUUUCGCUCUUACAGGUAUUUUGUCCUCACCAUGUGCCACCUAUUAAAUAUCUACCUACUGCAGUGCUGACGAAGAGUCCCAGAUACCCCUAUCUAUUGCAGCAAGAAUCUACAGGAUGUGCUUAUAUUUACUGUAUUUUUAUAAUCAUACUGAAUAUUCUAAUGUCUGACAUUUUACUGAACCCCCAAUAGGACUCUUAACAGAAGACACCUGAACCUGUUAGGAGAUGGGAGAGCUAACCCUUUUUACAAGCCAGAGCUAAAUACUGGACGCACUAACGUCACUUACCUUUAUGUACUAUGUCUUGUAAAUAACUAUAAAUUAAGUGAACUCUCUUUUUAACACCCAGUGUCUCCGUGGCUGAAAAUGUUGCGUUAAUUAAGGAAAAAUAGCCUUUUGUAUAGGUUUAGCGGUUUCUUUCUACAGUGACUAGUCCACCUAGAAUUUUCGGUCGACUGGGCUUUUAUAAAGCUUCAUGGUUUGUUUAGAACGUUUAAUUCUGAAGUUUUCGCACAUGUUAUUCUUGUUCAGGGUGUAAGCCAAUCUCUGCCUAAUGGGAACGGCAGGUCAUUCCAUAGCUGUCUUCUGGGUUUCUUGCACUUUCCUCUUAAACAGCAAGUACUAGCCAUUGUCACAGCCGGGUUCUGGAGUAGAAGACCCAUUAUGCUGAUCUAGCAGGAUAGUUCCAGUCUUCAUUUUACCUACCACCUAGCUUUUCUUCACUCAAGCUCCCCAGCUGCACUAAGCUUGCUUUCUCACGUCUGAAGAGGCUGUGGGCAUGUCGAGAUGGAACGUGACUCAAUUUCAGAUUUGUACGCGGACUGCCAGAGCUGUAUGGUUCCGACAGGAAGGAAGUGAAUGCACUAGUGAGUGGCAGUGAAUGAUGGUAUCUGAAAAUCUGUCAUGGCUCUUGGAAAGGCAAUGCUGCCUUCUGCGUGUAAAGAGCUUUGAGAUUUGGCAAUAAAACUCCUUUUUAAGCACA